AGGCGAUAGCACAUUGGUUGAGGUUUCGUGGGCAACGUAUGCAGCUGGUCAGAAUCAGUUCGAAAAAGUCGGUCUGGGUGAGAAGAACACGCCGAGGAAGCCAGUGGAAUACUGUUUACCAGGAUAUAAAAGGAUUACCAGAAUGAAGCGAUCUGUGUUGCUGCUGCUGAUGUCAGCCAUUGUGAUAAGUGGGAUAUCAUAUGACUUCAUCCCUUGGUCCGAGAGAUCUGAUAAUAAUCACCAAUCGGGGCAGCAGCUGAACAGUGGUGUUGAAAAAACUAUCAGCAAGCGAGAUGCAAAGGACACUAGUGGCAGCAUCUCAGAGGAGCUCACGGAUGGUGCCAAUGAGGAGGUACUCGAUGGUAUGGACAGCUCAAUGGAGUCCUCUUCGGCGGAGGAACAGAAACUGAUUAUGGACUCCCAGGAAGCAGCGGAGCCCGCUGUCAGAAGGCGCAGGUCGGAUGUGAGGUACAGGAACUUAUAUCUGCUGGCCACAAUUUGCCCAGAUGCUGACUUUAGCGAUUUUGAAGAUGGAAGUACCAUCAAUUCUGUAAUUGAAAUACGUGAUAUGUAUGCCAUUUGUAAAGAUUUACCUAAAAAUCAUCCUUAAUUCUAAAUAAAGGCAAACAAAAAACCCAAAA